AUGAUCCUUCGUUACCGCUGGGCAUUGCUACAGACGCAUCAGAAAUCGGAAUCGGAGCCGUACUGUUUCAUCGCUACCAGGACGGGAGCGAGCGCCCGAUUGCCAACGUGUCGAAGACUCUCAACAAGUCCCAGCGAAAUUACAGCCAGAUUCAGAAGGAACCCUGCUAUCGUCUUCGGCCUCAAGAAGUUCUACCAGUACAUCUGGGGACGCAAAUUCACGCUUGUGACGGAUCACAAGCCUCUGAUAUCGAUGUUCGGGCCGCACAAGGAGACGCCAGCGCUUGCAGCGAACCGCCUCGCACGUUGGGCGUUACUCCUGAGUCAGUUCGAUUACGAGAUCGAAUACCGGAAGACUGCCGACCACGGCAACGCCGAUGCUCUAAGUCGCCUACCUACCGGAUCGGACGACAAUUUCGACGGGGAGGAAAGUGAGGACGACAUUGACCUAGUGUGCGCGAUCCGAGUCCUGAGCCUACAAGUUAAGCCAGCGGACGCAGAAUCACUCGCCAGGGAAUCGGCAACCGACCCGGUAAUCUCCAAGGUCAUGCGAUACACACGCGAAGGGUGGCCACCUGAACAUUCAGCAGAGAAGGAACCCGAAAUGGCAAGAUUUCGCAAACUGGAGGAGUCACUAUCAAUCUGCAACGGAUGCCUACUGCAUGGAUCCCGAGUGGUGAUUCCCGCGAAUCUUCGCGCUCAAGUUCUGGAGCUACUACAUCUCGGGCACUUCGGGAUGCAGCGCAUGAAGCAGCUGGCUCGCACUGCUGUUUACUGGCCGAAUAUCGAUGACGACAUCGAGAACACCUGCCGCAAAUGCAUGGCCUGCGCCGAACAUCAGAACAAACCGUCAAAACCGGCGGUACACCCGUGGAUGUUACCAGAGAAGCCAUGGAGUCGACUACACCUGGAUCACGCCAUCAACUUCCUGGGUUCGAAUUGGCUAGUCCUAAUCGACUCUUACUCGAAGUAUCCCUGCAUCCAUCCAACCCAGGCGAUUACCGCAAAAGCAACAAUCGACCUGCUGGAGCAGGACUUCGCCCACUUUGGCUAUCCUCAUACGCUGGUCACUGACAAUGCGACUACGUUCCAUUCGGCGGAAUUCCAAGCCUGGUGCAAGGACCACGGCAUCACUCAUCUAACCGGCGCGCCGUAUCAUCCUGCUACGAACGGCGCCGCUGAGAGACUGGUUCAAACGUUCAAGCAAGCAAUGAAGAAGUCAAGUCUUCCUCCGAAGAAAGCGCUGAACGAGUUCCUGAUCCAGUAUCGUCGAACUCCGACGUCCUGCGGAUACUCGCCAAGCGAACUGCUCAACGGCCGACAAAUCCGCACCAAGAUCGACACGUUGCUGCCUUCACCCGCACACGUGGCCCAGGGGAAGCAGGCAAAGCAGGCGACCAAGUCUCAACGACAAGAAGUCGCCAAGCUCUCCCAUUCCUAUGCAGUCGGGGAUCCAGUGUACGCGCAGUACUACGGACCAAGACGUGAUCGGGAACCACGAUGGGUGCCAGCGAUCAUCAAGAAACGACUGGGCAGUCGAAGCGUCAACGUCAGGGUAAUCCCCAGAGGACCGACGUGGCGCCGACACGUGGAACAGUUACGCCCUCGGUAUACGUCCGACGAAGACUACGAGCCGGGAGAGAAACCACGUCCCAGGACACAGAACAUUGCUCCGGACUCUCCAACGGAUGCCCCUGUGGAUCCAGCCUUCCAGGAAACCCCGAUUCAGCAACCAGUGCCGAGAGGGAAGAAGCUAAGGAUACCAGCUGAGGAACCAUCCCACGGACCGGAAAAUCUGCGACGAUCGAAACGUGCGUCAAAGCCACCCAAACGUCUAAUCUGCCAGCAGCUACGCCUUCGAGGAGAACUCUCAGGCUCGGCGGGGAGGUGUUGUGGCGAUGCACGAAAGUGAACAUUCGCGAACAUGGCAGAACUGACUAGAGAUGGCGCUACGGGCGGUGCGAAGAUGGAUGCCUCCAGUAAUAACAACGAGGAUUCUUUCGAAGAACCGUUUUCUAAACUUAUAAAGACUGAUCACAGAUAGUGUGCGAUUAUGCAACUCUUAUCGUCGUACCAUACCAUUGCUGUACCAUAAACGAUACUAUUGCUGUACAAUAAACGAUACUAUUGUUGUACAAUAAACGAUUUAUUUAUUGACUCUUUGUGAGAAACA